UCUCCAACAUCUACUUUCCAUUCAACCCGUUUAUACUGUUCAACUCCUUUCUCUCCCUAUCUCACAUAUACUAAACAAACUUUUUUAUACUGCACAUGCACCAUCUCCACACACACACAAAUUCAAAGUAAAAUAAAUUCAAACAGAAAAAAAAAAAUACAGCCAUCCAUCGAUAAUUCUGUCUCAGUUUUUCAUUCAUAAAAAAGCCGUGAGAGUGCAAACAUACCCAAACAACGAACAACGGAACAAAAAUAUAAUAAAUAUCCCUGCGUUUUUUUAUAUACAGUUCUUUUAUUUUUUUCCCUUCUUUUAUAUAAAAUUUAUUCUUGUGAUCGAUUUUAUGCCCGCUGAGUUUUUGUUUAUAUUUUUUGAAAAUAUUUUCGUUAUGAAAAAUAGAAUAAACAAAAUAAAAUAAAUGAAAUGAAAUGUAUACAUAUCAAUGUAAUAAGUGCCAAUAAUAAUAAAUAUAAAUCGUCCCACCCAAUUUAUCAAAUGAAAUUACCACCAAUAUAAAAAAGGAAUUUUUUAUUCCUGAAAGAAAGCAAAAAUAUUGUUAAAAUUGAAAAAAGAACCGUUUGUCGGGGAAGUUCUUUUUUUGAAAUUUUUGUUGAAGAAAAAAAUCCUAUCCAAUUUGAAAAGAAGUUAACCUAUACAACGGGUGUGUUUGUGUGUAUGUGUGCGUAUGUCUGUUGUUUGGCUAGGAAAUUUUUACCGGGAAAAAAAUAAUUGUCUUAUCAAUAUUUUGUUGAUCCUUUAUCAGCUGUAGGGUAAAUUUCCCUAAUAAAAAUGGCUGAAAUAAUGGAAAGUGAUGAUAAAAUCAACGAAACAGUUGAAAAUAAUUGCGUUAAAAUUGAAAUUAACAGUGAUAUUGUUGUUGUAACCACAAUCGAAGGGGGUGGUGGAGGGGGAACUUGUGAUAGUGGACGAGAAUCUGUAACAGAAUUCGAACUCGACACUGAACAUUUGUCCAAGAAAUUGUGUCCGGAAAAGUUGCCACCGCCGGAUGUCGGUGUAGUGAAGAGUGAAAGACAAACCAAAUGGUACUUGGGUCAGGAUGAGGAGGAGGAUAACGAUGUUGACGAUGGUGACUUGUCGUCGGUGUCACUUGAUAGAUCCACAAAGGAUAUAAAAACAAGCAACGAAUUGAAAGUCAUUGCUGCAGUUGAAUUACGUCGUUCUAAUGAGCGACCAGAAGGACAAGGAGGAGGUGGCGCUGGCAAUGACGAUGGUGGUGGUGGUUUAUCAACAACUUUAACCAUUGCCAGCGAUCGUCACAGUUGGCAUUUAGAGACGAGUGACAGAAAUAUAAUGUAAGUGGAACUUCUAAUCUUAAAAAUUAUUUAAUGACAAAAAUGUGGGUGAGUUUGAUCAAAGAUUAAAACCUUAUUUUCAGUUUUAAUUUUUGAUAAAAAAAUUCAAUGUCUCAUAAAUGUACUUUUGCAAAAGUUCGUAUUGUGUUUAAUAUAGUGAACAUUACAAGAAAAGUCUUAUAAGGUGAUUUGUAGUAAAUAAAAUAAACUACUUCGCAUACAAAUAAACAGUUAAGAUCGUCGUUUCGCAAACUUUGCAAAGUAAUAAAAAAUUUAAUAAAAAUUUGACGUUUCAUUGCGAAUUUUAGAAUUAAAAUUAAGUUAGCUGCUAGGUAGGUACAUAUACAGAUACAAAACACAAAAUAUUAAAAUUCGCAAAAGAACAUUCAUAAAACUUAAAGCUGCGAAAUUUCAAUUUGCGAACUAUUUGUUUGUCUGCUUUUUAACUCUCAAAAGACAGUGAGUCCAUAGAAUUGUAGAGAUUAACUUAGUUUCUAAUGUUGAAUCAGUAAAUAAUAAAAAAGAAAACAU